AUGGCGCGUCUCCGUCUUCGGGGCGUCGUCCUCGCCGCCGCGCUCGUCGUCCUCGUCGCCGCGGCGUCGCCCGCGCUCGCGCAGGACGGCGACCCCGCGGGACGAGGCCUCUUCGGGAAUCGCCGCGGGCGCCCGCCGAAGAAGCACGGCGGCGACGCGCACGAGGACGAGAGCUGCGUCCUCCCCGGACCGUCGACGCCGUGCGUCCCGGGUCCCGUCGGCGACGCGCUCUGCGCGUCCGCGCACCCGUGCUUCCGCGCGACGUGCGAGAGGGACAAGAAGACGAAAGAUAAAAACGCCGGGACGUGCGCGUGCUCCGGAAAGAAGGACCCCGAGUCGAAAUGCAUCCCCGCGAUCGACGACGGAAACGACUGCACCGGCCCGCUCGGUCGGUGCGACGCCGCCGGCGUCUGCGUGGAGGACGCGAAAGAGCGCGGCUGCGCGUGCGCGCCCGACGAUCCCGCCUACGACCCGGACGCGUCCGGGGGGAGCGUAUCGUGCGGCGGCUCUCCGCCCGUCGACGUCAACUGCCUCGCGGACAAAUACCAACCGUGCAAGUGCGACGGCGACACGGCGUCGCCGAAGUGCGCGCCGAACACGCGCGAGGAAGGCUGCCCGUGCGCGGGAGAGAACGCGUGCGGCGCGGAUCUGAGCGACCCGUGCGUCGAUCCGAACGCGCCGUGCGUCUGCGACGGCGCCGGUAACUGCGACGUCAACUACCUGCCCGACGACGCCGCGUGCGCGUUGCCCGACGGCGACGUCGCGAAGUACUUCGUCGCCGCCGCCGCGGGCCGCGGCGUCGCCGUCGACGCCGCGUGCACGUCCGAGAGCUCCGGACUCGGCGUGUGCCGGACGAUGGACGGCGACGCGUAUCCGACGUGCGCGCCGGUGUUCUUACCAGACGACACGCCGUGCGUUCCCGACGACGGCUCCGCGAGCCAGUGCGUCGAGCACAAGUGCGUCUUCGCGACGGGCGUCUGCGAGUCUUUCCCCGACCCGGGUGCGAAGUGCGACCCCCCUGAUAAGGGCGUGGCGUGUUUCUCGGACGAGUACGGAACCUGCGACGCGGAGACUCCGGGUCUGUGCGUCAACGACUUCGAUCCGAAGAAUUGUCCGUGCGAACCCGGGAACGGCUGCACCCCGCCGGAGGGCAACGCGUGCGUAGAUCCGAACACGCCGUGCGUCUGCGACGGCGCCGGUAACUGCGACGUCAACUAUCUGCCCCCGCAGACGGAAUGCGAGCUGCCAGAAGUAUCGCUCGGAAAGGUCGCGGCCGGCCGCGGAGCGACCGGCGGUCGCGCGCCCGCGGGCGGGGACGCGUCGUGCAAGGCGACGUUCGGAACGUGCCAGUACGAAAACGGCAACGACGGCCCGACCGCCUGCUCCGGGGAUGCUUAUAAGCCGGAGAACACGCCGUGCGUUCCCGACUCUGGGGAGGUGCCGUGCAAAUCCUUCACGUGCGACGCCGGCGGAAACUGCGACGUGGGCGUCGACGUCCCGGGGGAAUGCGAGACGGACGGAACAUUUUCUCCUUGCAAAUCUGGAACGUCGGGGACGUGCGAAGCCGGCACCUGCGUCCCCGACGACGACCCGCUCAACUGCCCGUGCAAGCUCGCCCCCCUGGCCGAAGAUAGGUUCGCGCCUUGCGGCGCCGCGGGCAGCGCGAACACGUGCAUCGACAAGGACGUGCCGUGCGUGUGCGACGGGCUCGGCAAGUGCGAAAAAAACUUCCUCCCGCUCGGCACGAUUUGCGAUAGCGACUCCCUCGGGCCGUGCCAGAUCGCGAAGUGCGCCGCGGCCACGGGUACCCUCGGCGGCGACGGCGUCGUUUGCUCGACGGUGGCCGUGCCCAACGACGACGCGUGCUUCGCCAACAACGGAGAGCCUAACUGUCUCAACGCUGGUUUUUGUUCCAACGGCGCGUGCAACGACUUGCAAUGCAACGAGCCGGGCGGAGGCGCCUGCGAAGAUAAAAGUCCAGGCGACGCGUGCGAUUCUGAUGACUCCGGUGAUGAAGAUGGCACGUGCUGCCCCACGGGCCCUGAACCAUCUCCCUCUCUCGUGUGCAACCCCGCCGUUACACCACCCCAAGGUACUUGCCCUUGCUUCGCGCUCGACGACACGUGCGUGUUUGACGGCAAUUGGCCCGGAAAAUGUUGCGGCCUCGUCGGGGGAGACUUCGAGUGCAAAGACCAGUGUCCCGACCCUGGUAAUUGCGCCGAGACCGGCGACAGCGACGAUUGCGCCGACGGUUACGUCUGCUGCGUCACCGAUUACAACUCUCCGCCGCAGUGCGUCGCGUGUCUCGAUCCGUCGUGUAACUCUCUGCCGGACGGCGAUUGCCUCGCGUUCACGUGCCGCACCAACUACCAAGACGCCGGUUCGUCGUGCCCGAACAAGUUCGGCGUGUGCAGCGGUCAAUCCGGCGAGGAGUGCGAGUAUCUCUGCAACGAGAGCUGCAUCGACGGCUUCGUGAGCGGCGGAAGUCCCUGCGGCUCCCCGAACUCAAACUCUUGCUGCCAAGCCGACAACGCCGUGUGCACGAACGUCGGCGGGAACAACUGGUGCGUUCUAUACAAACGUUUUUCACCCACCGCUCGGUUUCAACAUUUGAUCGCUCCCCCUUUCAACUGA